AAAAAAAACGCGUUUCAGUUUCAGGUCCAAACAAAACUUCAGAAAACGAAAUACGUGUAAAUGGUAGGGGGGAGAGAGAGAGAGAGAGAGAGAGAGAAGACGAAGAAGAUGUAUUGAUUAGUUUUGAUGAUGCCGUAGAUCUGAUCUCAUCUGGGACAUACAAAGCUCAGAAAUACGCCCUAACACGAAGACAACACAGCAUUAGUUGUUAGCUCUGUAUCUAUGUACUUACUAAUCUUUAUCAAAACCUCUUGUCUGUCGGUCUCAGUAGGCAACCUCUGCUCUGGAAGUCACCCAAAAGCAAACCCACUUCCAUUUUCCAUUUUUGUUGUUGUUGUUGUGUUUUGUUGGUUGGUUUACAUUUUCAUAUGAGGACUGGAAUUGAAUUGAGAUGUAGAGUAUGUAUAUGAGUUUGAAGGACGAGAUCUUGUAAUUCCAUGAUUGCUGCAUUCAAUUUUGGAUUCAUCAUCAAUUCAAAUUCAAUUAAGAGCUAGCUAGUUCCAAUUCCAUUAUUCCAAUGGGUUCGACCCAAUCGGUGCAAGUGGCCCAAGACAGCGAAGAAGAAGAAGAAGAAGAAGACAAAGAGGAGGAGGAAGAUGAAGACGAAAAUGGCGAAGAAGGCGGCGAAAGGAGGAGGGAAGCCGGAAAGCAUUUGGUGAAGAAGGUGCUAGAGCAGGAGCCGGAGAUGCUACCGUGCUACGCUUCCACAUCGCCGCUGUCUCCUCAGCUCUCCUCACUGGGGACGCCGCGUCUGGGCCAGUCCAUCAAGGUGUGGGACCCUUACAACGUUCUGGGCCCACCUCCACCACCUCCUCCUCCCCAGAUGAUGUUCAAUGCUACUAAUGCGGUUGAAUGGGAGGUGUAUCUGAUCAGCCAUGGGGAGUGUCAGUUGAAUCUGAGGCCCGAUUUGGUUGGUGGAAGGUGCCCAGAGGCCACAUUGACCCCCAACGGGAAGCGCCAAGCCAGGGCCCUCGCCGUCUUCUUGAAUUCUCAGGGCGUCCGUUUCAAUCUUGUUUACUCCUCUCCCUUGGAUCGAGCCCUGUCCAUGGCGCUUUUAGUCUGUCAGGAGAUGAACUUUGAAAAGGAACAUAUUCAAACAUCAGAUGCACUCAUGGAGAUGAGCCAGGGACACUGGGAAGGCUGCCUCCAAUCAGAAAUGUACAGUGCUGAAAUUUUGAGCUUCAUUGAUAGCGUUCAGCCUGAUUUUUCAGCACCAUCAGGAGAGUCACUUAGGCAAGUUGAAUUCCGAAUGGUUGAUUUUCUAAAUCGUACUGUCCUGGGACUGGCUGAGAAGUUGAGAUCAGAUUUCUCCUUGCAUCCUCAGAAUGAGAUUCAAGGAUAUUCACACCAUAAUCCCCAUAUGCUAACCAACUCAGUUCAUGACCGAGAUGGCUCUCUCCCAUCACAUUGGGAUCUGCCUCAGAAGCAGCACCAGGGUCUUCUGAGGAAAAAAUCGGGCAAGAGUAGGCUACGAUUUGUGACUACCACCGGAGAUCAUGAGGCAGAUGAUGAAAUUUCCCCUAGGGAAAUGAAUCACCAAAGCUCUUUACAUGAUUUAAGUGGCAGGAACUCCUCUUAUGUCUCAACUUGCGUUGGCAUUUUCAGUCAUGCAGUACCAAUCAAGUGUCUGCUUACGGGCCUUCUUGGGUGCAGCCCAGUAAUGUCCCAAAAGAUCUGCAUAGAAGACUCUUCAGUGACAGUGUUGCAGCAUUCUUGGAAAACAGGAUGGCAGAUAAAAAGGCUGAAUGACACCACACACCUCCGGCUUUUCUAAUUGGGAAGUUAGGAUUUAAUUAUUGGACAACGCGAGCAGCCUCUCAUUGUCCUGAUUUAUGGAAUUGACCUUUUGUUUAGCAGCUUACAAUUUUGCAUGAAGCAGCAGUAGCCUCUGCAGCUUGUUGUAACUUUUUGUUAUAUUCAUUUUCCAGAUUUAUCUUUGUAUGGGUUGAUUCUUUUGAUUUGUAGAAUUAUACAUGAGUUAUUAUUAUAGUGAAAAAGCAUAUGUAUAACAGUUAUGGAAUGAAAAAUAAGUUUGAAAUUUUGAGCAUUUCGCUAGCCUGGUUGCAUGGUGUGCAAGGCUGCAAGCUAGAUAGCACUUUGAGCUGAAACGAUAUUGUAAAUUGAAAAUGUAAAGUUAUCCCCUUUCUCAUU